AUGGAUAGAACAGCAACUCCAGCGGUUCAAGAAUAUCCAAGUGUCGAGCUGACAGACUUCGCUCAAGAGAGCGGUCGUCAAGCUCCACCGCCACGGAGCGGCCAACCAACGCCAUUACCUUCGAGUGGCACCUUCUCAGCAGCGUCCUCUCAAGCGGCGCUGAGGGGGGCGUUAGACGACGGGCCGAACGUGCAGGAGCUCGCGCCUGUCGAUGGCGGGGUCCAAGCGUGGACGUUCUGCGCCUGCGCGUUCAUCCUCGAAAUGAUGAUCUGGGGGUACUGCUUCAGUUACGGCAUUUUCCAAGACUACUAUACCACCCAUGCGCCCUUCGACCGGGCCUCCAGCAUAGCCAUUUCCGCAGUCGGAACAACCGCAAUCGGUUUGCAGUAUGCCGAGGCACUCAUCUUCUCGUGUUUCUUCAGUCGCUACCCCGACUACAUGAUGCUGUCCAUGUGGUGCGGGCUUGGACUGUCUGUCGCGUCUAUUUUUGCGUCUAGCUUUGCGACACAAGUCUGGCAGUUGAUCUUGCUCCAAGGAGUUGCAUUCGGAGUUGCCGGGGGCCUCCUGUAUGCGCCUGUACUCAAGCUGCUCCCCGAAUGGUUUUCGGCACGGAGAGGGCUCGCAGGAGGCAUCAUCUUUGCUGGUGGAGGUGUUGGAGGCGAGCUCUCUCGUUUCAUCUUUCCCUUCGUCUGGUCAAUCCUCCUAGACAAGCUUGGUUUGCAGUGGACACUCAGGUUAUGGGCUCUCCUGACCGCCGUCUUUUGCGGCUUCGCGCUCUUGGGCAUCCAUCCCCGUCUUCCUGUACCCAAGUUCACGGGUGGGAGGCCGCGCCCGCGCUUCAUCCCUCUGCAGCUCGGCUUCGCCUCCAGCCCGCUCUUCUGGAGCGUCUCGCUCACCCUGCUCCUGCAAGGCUUUUCGUACUUCCCCGUCUCGCUCUACAUCGCCAGCUUCGCGCGCCGGCUCUCCUCGCCGCUGACCGCGACGGUUGUCCUCUCCGUCUUCAACUCUUCCGCCGUCGCCGGCCAGGUGAUCCUCGGCCACCUCAGCGACCGCUUCCCGUACCCGUGGGUGAUGUUCUGCAGCGCGCUCGGCUCGAGCGUCGCCGCGUUCCUCCUCUGGGGCCUCGCGAGCGGCCCGACGCCGCUCUACCUCUUCGCAAUCAUCUUCGGCGCGCUCAGCGGCGGGUUCUCCUCCACCUGGACGCACGCCGCGUUCGAGUGCGCGCGCGGGCAGCCGGAGCACACCGGGAUCGCGUGGGGCGGGACCGCGGUCUUCAAGGGCGUCUCCGCCGUCGGCGGCCCCAUCCUCUCCUCCGUUCUCCUCGACCUCGGCGGCGGGCGCGCGCUCGCGGGGCCGUUCGGGCGCCAGGGGUUCGGCGCGGUGGAGGUCUUCGUGGGCGCGUGCGCGCUCGCGACGGCGCUGGGCAGCCUCGCGAUCGCGGCGGCGCGGCGGCGCGCUGUGGUUCGGUUCUCGUGA